GUUCAUUUGUUUCUGAAGGUCGUAUAGGUUCGAAUAUACAGUGACUAAACGCGAUAACUGAACUAUAAUGCAGGACUGCUGUUCUGAAAUGAAAGAUGAGAGGACUACUUAUGAAAAUGUCUUGUUUGAUGACCAAGAUGGACCACAUAGAAUACAUAAUGAAACCUUUUUUCAGACCAAAAAUAAAAAUGAGGCUUAACCAAGAACCAGCAAAUAAAAGGUUUGGUAUUUGUUCUAUGGCAACGCAUUUAUAUCUAACAAACUCAAGAAAAUGUAUUUCAAACAAGAGCGUUCCAGAUAUGUAUACUUCAUUAAAGAAUAAAUAUGGCCUUUACAUUGGCACUCAAACCAGUAUUAGUGUCAUAAAAAUGAGUACACCAAGUAGAAUUUUGGGCAGUAAUUCAAGUCGAUUUUAUUCAGUUACAACUUCAAAAUCAGUAAUACCGGCAUCAUUAAUCAAGAGACCUCCAAAAGCACCACGGACCAAACAGCCAUCGAGAACUAACCAGCCACUUCUGUUGGAGACUGCGGACCUGAUGCAGUGCACAGCUUUUGCAACAGCUGAUGAAUAUCAUCUGGGUACUCUGUGCCACGACCUUUCAGCACAUGGAUACAAUGAAUUGUCGAGUUUGCCGAGAGAUGCAUCUAACGUUUUACUGAUUGGUGUUGAAAACUGUGCUAGAGACAAUGAUGCAGGAAUGAUAUUUUUCUUCAGGGAAGGUGCAGUUAUAUUUUGGAAUGUCGAAGAUAAAACUAUGAAACAUGUAAUGCAAAUUCUAGAGCGUCAUGAAAUUCAGCCAUAUGAAGUGGCCCUGGUUCACUGGGAGAAUGAAGAAGUAAAUUACAGAUUUGGAGAGGGACACUCAAAGCUUGUGAAUGGCGAAAUUCAGCUGAGCUUACAAUCAGAGGCUGAUGACACCAUUUUGGAGAAAUUUGCCUUUUCCAAUGCACUUUGUCUUUCUGUGAAAUUGGCUAUUUGGGAAGCUACUCUUGAUACCUUUGUUGAGUCUAUCCAGUCAAUCCCAGAGAUGCUGAAAGCUAGAAAGAAAAUCAAAUUGUCUCAUGAUGAUGUGAUGCAGAAAAUAGGAGAGUUGUUUGCUUUGAGACAUCGUAUAAAUUUGAGCUCUGACCUUCUCAUAACUCCUGAUUUUUACUGGGACAGAGAAAACCUGGAGCAUCUUUAUGACAAAACUUGUCAGUUCCUCAGCAUUAACCGCAGGGUCAAGGUGAUAAAUGAAAAACUACAGCACUGUACAGAAUUAACAGAUUUGAUGCGUAAUCAUUUGAAUGAGAAACACGGGCUGCGUCUUGAAUGGAUGAUUGUUUUCCUGAUUACCAUUGAGGUGAUGUUUGAGCUUGGAAGAGUCAUUUUUUGAUUGUUUUGAAUCUUCAGAAUAUUUUUAAAGGAAUUCCUAAAGCACCUUAUCUGGAAUCACUUAUGAUUUGGCUACUUGUCUGAAGAAUAUUGAUGUAAUAAAGAUUUACUUUAAGGUAGUAUAGCUAUUGACACCUUUAUGCCUCUUAAAAGGACAUGGAAGUGUAUUUCAAUAAAUACUGUCGACAUAGGUUGUGUUUUGCCUGUUGCUGUAUAAAAUGAAUAUUUUUAAA